CCCGCAGCCAUGCCGAGCGGUAAGGAGACGCGGCUGCUGCACCUCGGCGAGAUGGAGAAGCUGGACAAGACCCUCUUCAGGCUGGAGCAAGGUUUUGAACUACAGUUCCGAUUGGGCCCAACUCUUCAAGGCAAGCCCGUUACUGUGUACACAAAUUAUCCAGCUUCUGGAGAAGUAUUUGAUCGCCACAAGUUCAGGACACUACUGUGGCACAAUCCCACAGGUAAAGAAGAUGACUCUGACAAAUACUGCAAGCUGGAUCUCCAAAUCUCUGGGUCAUACCAGUACUAUUUCAGUCUUGGAAACGAAAAAAGUGGUGGAGGUUACCUAGUUGUGGAUCCUAUUUUGCAUGUUGGAGCCGAUAAUCAUGUGUUACCUUUGGAUUGUGUUACGCUCCAGACAUUCCUCGCUAAGUGUCUCGGACCGUUUGAUGGAUGGGAAGACAGGCUUAAAGUUGCAAAAGAAACAGGUUACAACAUGAUUCAUUUUACACCACUGCAGAAGCUUGGACUGUCUAGAUCAUGUUAUUCACUGGCUGAUCAGUUAGAAGUAAAUCCUGAAUUUUCAAGCCAUAAUAAAAAGUGCACUUGGAGUGAUAUAGGAGCUCUUGUGGAAAAAUUGAAAAAUGAAUGGAAUAUGCUUUGCAUCACAGAUGUAGUCUACAAUCAUACUGCAACUAGCAGUGAAUGGCUCAGGAUGCAUCCAGAAUGUGGCUAUAACCUUGUAAAUUCUCCUCACCUGAAGCCAGCUUGGGUCUUGGAUAGAGCUCUGUGGCAUGUGACUUGUAUGGUGGCUGAUGGAAAGUAUACUCCUAAAGGGCUCCCUCCCUUGAUUGAAAAUGAUCAUCACCUGAAUUGCAUCCGUAAAAUAAUUUGGGAAGAUGUAUAUCCAAGAAUUAAACUAUGGGAAUUUUUCCAAGUGGAUGUUAACAAAGCUGUGCAGCAAUUUAAAACUCUUCUAGCUCAAGGUAAAGGAAGGGUACGCACUAAAUCUGAUCCAAAUCACCAUCUUCAGAUAGUUCAGGACCCUGAUUAUAGACGAUUUGGCUGUACUGUAGAUAUGAAUAUAGCAUUGGCAACAUUCAUACCACGCAGCAAUGGACCAGCUGCCAUAGAAGAAUGUUGCAACUGGUUUCGCAAGAGGAUUGAGGAACUGAAUGCUGAACAAUACAGACAAACUAAUCACCAUCAAGAGCAGGCUGUCAAUUGUCUUGUGGGGACUGUGGUUUAUGAACGACUGGCUGGUGAUGGUCCCAAGCUGGGUCCUAUCAGUAGAAAAUAUCCUUUAGUUACCAGGUAUUUUACUUAUCCAUUCAAAGACCUAACUGUGGAGGAAGAAGAAACUAUGAUCCAUCAGCCAGAUAAAGCUUGUUUUUUCAUGGCUCAUAAUGGCUGGGUUAUGGGAGAUGAUCCUCUUAGAAACUUUGCAGAACCAGGUUCAAAUGUUUACUUGAGAAGAGAGCUUAUUUGUUGGGGAGACAGCGUGAAACUUCGUUAUGGUGAUAAACCUGAAGACUGCCCGUACCUCUGGGCACAUAUGAAAAAAUACACUGAAAUCACUGCCAAAUAUUUCCAUGGUGUUCGUCUUGACAAUUGUCACUCAACACCUAUUCAUGUAGCUGAGUACAUGCUGGACACAGCUAGAAAAUUGCGAGCCGAUUUGUAUGUAGUGGCUGAACUGUUCACAGGAAAUGAGGAGCUGGACAAUAUCUUUGUGAAUAGGCUGGGCAUUACCUCCUUAAUAAGAGAGGCAAUGACUGCUUAUAAUAGCCAUGAAGAGGGAAGGUUAGUUUAUCGUUUUGGAGGUGAACCUGUUGGCUCUUUUGUGCAGCCACGUUUGAGACCUUUGACACCAGCUAUUGCUCAUGCGCUGUUUAUGGAUAUUACACAUGAUAAUGAAUGUCCAAUUCAGCACCGAUCUGCAUAUGAUGCUCUUCCAAGUGCAAUGAUUGUUUCCAUGGCAUGCUGUGCUACAGGAAGCACCAAAGGCUAUGAUGAACUAGUACCACACCAGAUCUCUGUAGUAUCUGAAGAGAGGUUUUAUGCAAAAUGGAAUCCAGCAGCACACCUGACUUCUGGUGAAGUUAAUUUCCAAACAGGAAUUCUAGCAGGAAGGCUGGCCAUAAACAGGCUGCAUCAGGAGUUGGGGACUAAAGGCUUUAAUCAGGUGUAUGUAGAUCAAGUUGAUGAAGAUAUAGUGGCAGUGACAAGACAUUGUCCAAACACCCACCAGUCUGUUGUGGCUGUAAGUCGAACUGCUUUCAGGGAUCCUAAGACUUCCUUCUACAGUAAAGUAGUACCUGAAAUGUGUAUCCCAGGAAAAAUAGAAGAAGUAGUACUUGAGGCUAGGACUAUUGAGAGAAAUGCUAGUCCUUACAAAAAAGAUGAACAUUUUAUAAAUGGAUUGCCUAAUUUCACAGUGGAACUCAGAGAGCAUAUCCAGAUUAAAGACAGUAAAAUCAUAAAGCAAGCUGGAACUGCCAUAAAAGGGCCAAAUGAAUUUGUUCAAGAAAUAGAAUUUGAAAAAUUAACGCCAGGAAGUGUAAUAGUAUUCAGAGUUAGUCUUGACCCAAAGGCACAAGAUGCUGUUGGUGUACUCCGCAAUCAUUUGAUCCAGUUCAGUCCUCAUUUUAAAUCCGGAAGUGUUCCUGAUGAUCAUUCAGCACCUAUAUUAAAAACAUUGUUUUCUUCUAUUGCAUCUAAACUAACUUUGGCUGACCUAAAUCAAGUACUGUAUAGGUGUGAGGCAGAAGAACAAGAAGAUGGUGGAGGUUGUUACAAUAUACCAAACUGGUCACCGCUGAAGUAUGCAGGUCUCCAAGGGUUAAUGUCAGUGAUGGCAGACAUUAGACCAAAGAAUGAUUUGGGUCAUCCAUUUUGUGAUAAUUUAAGAUCUGGAGAUUGGAUGAUUGAUUAUGUCAGUAAUCGUCUGAUUUCACGCGGAGGAGCCUGUGCAGAAGUUGGUAAAUGGUUGAAGGCCAUGUUUGUCUACCUGAAGAGAAUUCCACGUUACCUCAUCCCAUGUUACUUUGAUGCCAUAUUAGUGGGUGCAUACACAACGCUUCUGGAUGUGGGAUGGCAUCAGAUGUCUAGCUUUGUGCAGAAUGGAUCAACAUUUGUUAAACACCUUUCCUUGGGUUCAGUCCAGAUGUGUGGGAUAGGAAAAUAUUCUUGUCUGCCAGAUCUGUCUCCUUCCUUACAUGAUGUUCCCUAUAGGCUGAAUGAGAUUACAAAUGAGAAAGAACAGUGUUGUGUUUCCUUGGCGGCUGGUUUACCUCACUUUUCUUCUGGAAUUUUUCGCUCUUGGGGAAGGGAUACCUUUAUUGCACUGAGAGGUCUAAUGUUAGUUACUGGGCGCUAUCUAGAAGCAAGAAACAUCAUUUUAGCAUUUGGUGGAACUUUAAGACAUGGUCUCAUUCCCAAUCUGCUUGGCCAGGGGACACAUGCCAGAUACAACUGUCGUGAUGCUGUGUGGUGGUGGCUUCAGUGUAUCCAGGACUACUGUAAAAUUGUUCCAAACGGAUUAGACAUUCUUAGAUGUCCUGUUUCUAGGAUGUACCCAAAAGAUGAGUCUUCUCCUCAGCCUGCAGGCACUGUGGAUCAGCCACUUUAUGAAGUAAUACAGGAAGCAAUGCAGCGGCACAUGGAAGGCAUAAACUUCCGAGAAAGGAAUGCUGGUCCUCAGAUAGAUCAAAACAUGAGAGAUGAAGGCUUUAAUGUAACUGCAGGUGUUGACUGUGAAACUGGCUUUGUCUUUGGAGGGAACCGCUUCAAUUGUGGCACUUGGAUGGAUAAAAUGGGAGAGAGUGACAGAGCUUGCAACAGAGGAAUUCCAGCUACUCCAAGAGAUGGCUCUGCUGUGGAAAUUGUUGGCCUGUGCAAGUCUUCUGUUCGCUGGUUACUGGAUUUAUCUGGGAAAAAUGUGUUUCCAUUCCAUGGAGUCACUGUAAAAAGACAUGGAAAGGAGGAGACAGUCACAUAUGAUGAGUGGAACAGAAAAAUCCAAGGACACUUUGAAAGGCUGUUUUUUGUUUCCGAGAACCCAGCAGACCCUAAUGAGAAACAUCCAAAUCUUGUUCACAAACGUGGAAUUUAUAAGGACAGCUAUGGAGCUUCAAGUCCAUGGUGUGAUUAUCAACUCAGGCCAAAUUUUACAAUAGCAAUGGUUGUGGCCCCUGAGUUGUUCACACCUGAGAGAGCUUGGAAAGCUCUUCAGGUAGCAGAGGAAAAACUACUUGGUCCAUUAGGCAUGAAAACCUUAGACCCAGAUGACAUGGUUUACUGUGGAGUAUAUGAUAAUUCUCUUGACAAUGACAACUAUAAUGUAGCCAGAGGUUUUAAUUAUCACCAAGGACCUGAAUGGCUGUGGCCAAUUGGAUAUUUUCUUCGUGCCAAAUUGUACUUCUCAAAGCUGAUUGGUCCAGAGAUAUAUGCAAAAACUGUAGUUAUGAUUAAGAAUGUUCUUUCUCGCCACUAUGUUCACCUUGAAAGAUCAUCCUGGAAAGGGCUUCCAGAACUGACCAAUGAAAAUGGACAGUACUGCCCUUUCAGCUGUGAAACUCAGGCCUGGUCAAUUGGUGUUAUCCUUGAAGUCCUUUAUGACUUGUAAAAGUUUAUUUUGAUUGAUUUGAUGAAACAUCUGUGGUCUUGUUAUUGUAGCAUAAACGAACACUUGGCUUAUAGUGCAAGGGAAAUGUCCUGUUCUGCAGAACCACUUAAGCUGUGUCCUGACUUUCAAUGAUGCUGAAUGCCAGCAGCUCCUAUGCCCUGUAACUGUGUGGGGCUUG